GUCAAACCGGACCUGUCAUUACAAUCAUUGCUGCAGUCCAGUUAUUUGUUUACCGCAUCGCACAUCUCGCCCAAGGAAAGCUGUUUUCUUUCCGAAAGGGAAUACUAUCGAAAUGGGAACAGACGACGUUAGCAAAGGGGAGAAAAUUCUUAACGGGUUUCAAAUCAACUGGAUGAUAUUGCGGGAUGCGGACACGGGUAAAAUUAUCUGGCAAGAGAACAAGGAUUUCUCCUGUCCCGACGUCGAACACGAAGCCAAGGUACCGGUAAAGAUACUUAGUUUGCGUGCCGUGUCACGAGAAAUCAACUUCAGCACCAUCGAAGCAAUGGAAAACUUUCGGCUCGAUCAGAAGGUUCUCUUCAAGGGACGCAUUAUGGAGGAAUGGUUUUUCGAGAUGGGAUGGGUCAGUCCGAACACGACCAACACCUGGCAGUCGACUAUUGAAGCAGCUCCGGAAUCGCAAAUGAUGCCGGCCAAAGUACUGAACGGAAACGUAACCAUCGAAACCAGCUUUUACGAUGGUGAAACACUAAUCAGCAAAUCGGUUGUCCGGUUAUACUACAUUUAGAAGCGGACAGUUCACUCCACACCGGGGGUAGCUAGUGCCGUGCGUUAACUCUAGUGCAAAUGUUUUUCAACGAAACCCUCAUUCACCGCUCGUGUUGAUGGAAUGUACUACAAUCACGCUGAUUCUUAUAAUGACUUGCCCAGUUUCAUGGGACCACAAUAUCUGACAGGGAAUCUUAUGGGCACACCACCAUUGGACCUUCUUAAACUUCUGAAAGGAUCAAAUGGUGCAAUUUUCAACAUCUGAAUCAUUUUGCUGCACAAGCGACUUUUCGUUACGGUACUCAACAAGCAAGUGAGUUAGAAUUUCAACGGAACAAAAACCACCUAGCCACGACAACCACGUCCGAAGCAGGUAGCUUGCGAAUGGUUACGAUUCAUGUUAUGAGUCUUCGUUCAAAUCACAUUCAAGUGCACGCCAUGGUGGCCGCUAAGCUAACAACUAAUCAACUUAAUGAUAAGUUAUCACAGGAUUAAGCACUAUUUUAUGUGUAAGUCAACUUUUUUAUAUUAAUGUAAGGGUCGCAGAACUACUUGCCUAAGUUCAGCUUCAAGGAAGCUGUGUCUCUUAUGUUCUAUGUAAUGAUAAAUAAAUGUCACCAAAUGUACGUAAGCAAUAACCAAACCUGUUUGAUGCUGUUUUAUGUAGAAUUUCAAAUUUUGCUUAGUUUAAAAAUAAAAAAAAA